AUGAUACUAAUGACUCUUUCAGUACUUACUAAGUUUCAUAUAUCACCAGUCAGACGAGAAAAGAAACCUAAACCCACAGUAAAAGAAAAAUCUCCAGAAAAAAUAGAAAUUCUCUCUUUGGGACCUUUUACGGUAGCUCCAAAGUUAUUUUUUGAUGGAGUGAAACUUGGAGAAUCAGCAACAUGCAAAUUGUUAUUAAGAAAUCCAACCAAACAGGAGAUGAGUAUUGCCUUAACAAAAAAAGUACCAUUAGAGCUAAAUGUUAGAUAUAAUUGGGAGAGUGCAACAAUUCACAGCUUUUCGGAGAUUAUGUUUGAAGUAACAUGGACUCCUAUUGAGAAGGAAGCAUCUUACCAUAAAAUUUCUUUUGAAAAUACUACAAGAACAGUCCACAGAGAUGUGCCUAUUGUUUUUAAGACAGUCUCACCUGCUAAGGUAAAACCCGGAAAGAAAACGAAGAUCAGAAAAUCACCAACAAAAAAGUAUUAUCCAGUAAAACCCCCGUACAUAUCCCCAAAGCGCUUUUCACCGUCUCCGAAGAAAAAAUCGCAGUACAGAAAGUCACCCUCGCCGAAAAAAACUUACAAACCACAAUUAUUUACGUCCCAUCAACAUGAACAUAUUAUCCACGCUGAACCAAAUGUUAAGUAUUACAGUUCGAAAGGUAAGGAAAAUGUACACACUGCAUAUCUAUCUGAGAGAGUUACUACUGAGAGUUUUAUAUCAGCUGAGAAAGUUAAUUUUGUGGAGUAUUCCAAUAAAUUCACAAAUGGUGGUGAGAGAAGGGGCACAUUUGUCCUUAAACGAGAAAACUCGGAUAUUUUCAAUGAUAGUUUGGAAAUGAAUAAUGAAAAUGAAUGUCCCAAUGGUAAUAAACAAAGACGACCUCCCCUAACAUCCUACAAUGGCGAUACAUUAACCCCAGAUGUAUCAUUAGGUACUUACUUCAAACAAAAGUCGUCUAUGCCAGAUUCGCCCAAAUAUGGCUUCGAAUACCAGCUGAUGCAGAUGGAAUCAUUUUCUUUCACACCAACAAAUACACCCAUCAAACGAAAAACAAGAUUUGAAACAGAUUUUGUAAGCACAGUUAAAAUGAAAAAAGAGACCACUUUUGACAUUCCAGAUCUUCCUACAAAUUUAAAUUUAAGCUCAGAAACUUAUACGAAGUCAAGAUUAAGUUCGGAGACUUAUGUAAAGGAUAACACCAGUUUUGAAACUUACGUUAAAGGUAAUUUGAGCGGAGAGACAUAUACAAAAGAUAAUUCGUUAGGUAAUUGUGAAAAUUUAAGUCCUUUGUCUACGAAGAUGUCACCCAUACGUCAAAAGAGGUUUAGUCCUGAACCUUUUAGAACACCGAGUUUAGCGUCUUAUUUACAGGACGUGAAUAACGUGAAGAAUAAAAAUUUUUCUCAGUUUCAAAGAUCGACGAUCGCUGAUUCUCUGAAUGCUACCAGUUUUAGUUCAAAAUUGGAAAGGCUUGAUUAUGACUCAACUUUAAACACAAAUCAGUUUAAUUUUACAAAACCUGUACUAAACGAUGUGACUUUGAAUUUUAGUACUAAUAGUCAAUUUGAAGAUACUAUUACAAAUGAGUUCAAUUUCGCAAAGCCGAAUAACUUCAUGUUUUCGACACCAGAAGUAGCCAUUAAAAACCACAUUAAUUUUCAAAGAAACGACCCUUAUAGUAGACCAGAUAUCAGCCAAAUCAGUUUUACCAUGUCGGAUCGUCCACUCAGCGCUAUUCAAGAAGAAUCCUUUGACGUGAAUCAUUCAAACACUCGAAAAAAAUGUGACUUAGACCUAACAGCAAACUUUUCUAAACCUGGUGGUGGUCUGACAGGACCUCAAAAUUGGUCUAGGAGAGGAGGAGCUGCACUUAGAGUAGCUAAGAAUACUUCCGGUCUCAAUUUAAAAAAGUUUAUGAACAAUAAAUCUGAAGAUGUACGCAGAGAGAAGAGGAAACAAGAAACAAUUUCUGAGAUCAGUAGGAGAGAUACUAAUACGGUAAUCAUACAGAACCCGUUUUUGCUAGCUGCUACUAAUAUGGUUGAUCCGUUUAUAAUUCCGCAUCUCUUUGUAGACGAAACUUGGAUUGACGAACAGGAGGUUUAUUUCAAAAAAUGGUUGAAUUCGCUGUUAACACCUCCUCAAGAACUGUAUUCCGAAGACAAAAUCAUAGAUGUAGCUAAAGUGUGGCAAGAGUGUAAAAAGCGAGAAGUAGAGGCUGCUCCUACUAAAGAAGAAAUCUCUAACAAGUAUCACGUAAAUGCAAAAUUGAAUAGUUUAAGAAAAUCCGCACAAACUUUGUACAGAUCCCAAGAAAUUACAAAUGUUCUAUCUAAAGUUUUAGCUGCUGUAGAUAACGGCAAGGUGAGCAUUAGACAAGAUAAAGAUGUGCAUCUUAAUCUUUCUAUAAAGUCUGAUGUUAUGUCCCAUUUAUUGAGUUAUAAUCCGUUGUGGCUCAGAAUUGGCUUGGAGACUAUUUAUAACGAAAUAAUUCCACUGCAUUCUAAUUCAGACAUCGUUGGACUUAGCACUUUUUUGAUCAAUAGAUUAUUCAAAAACCCCACUUUGGUAAAGAAACAUAAGUCUGUUCAUGCUGCAAAAUAUGUUCUGGAUUUCAACAAAUUCUUCUUGAAGAAAUAUUUAAUUUUGGUGUAUUUCCUCGAUCAAGCUAAAACGAAAAAGUUAAUACCCCACAAUCCUUGCUUAUUCUGUAAAACAGGCAAAGUUAAAGAAAGCAAGGAACUGUUGCUUAUGUUAGCUAGAGAGUUACUAUCGGCAGUUGGUGAUAUUACUAAGUUUCUGAAGUUUUCUGGAUAUAUAGUCACGCACGUGCAGACUUACAUCCACGAAUUUGAUUACGCUGUCAAAAACUUGGGAGUAGAUCUAAGAGAUGGCGUACGAUUAACUAAAGUCAUGGAAAUUAUUCUUCUUAAGGAAGAUUUAACAAAUAGUUUGAGAGUGCCAGCUAUAUCACGUUUACAAAAGGUACAUAAUAUGAAAUUGGUGUUUGAUUCCUUAGAAAGUGCUGGUUAUAAGAUCUUGUACGACAUUACACCCAAAGACAUUGUCGAUGGCCAUCGGGAGAAAACUAUGUCCUUCUUAUGGCAGAUUAUUUACAAGUUUGAGGCACCACUCAUGGUCAAAUGUGCUAGUACUAUUCAAACGUGGUUCAGAAGCCUUCCUGUCCUUCUGAAACGAAGAAAAUUACAGAGAUUACAUCAGCAGAAAGAGAAUGCUGCUAGGAAAAUACAGAAUUGGUAUAGAAGGCAAAAACUCGUAGCAAAAUUAGAAGAAUUUACUUAUUUAUUAACAAUCUACUUAAAUUUAAUUAAGUCAGAAAAAGCUGCUAUCAAAAUACAGUCCUACUACAGAAUGUACAGGCAAAAAGAUGCUUACAAGAAACAAAUUAUGGCAGUAAAUGGAAUACAGAAGUAUUGCAGGGGAUGGCUGAUCAGAAAUUUCUAUAAACAACGUAUAAAGAGUGCUGUACUGAUCCAAAGUCACUUACGAAUGUUCCUAGAAAGAACUAGAUAUCUAAGAAUAAAGAAAGCUGUAACAAUUAUACAAAGAUGGUAUAAUUCCAAGAAACAGGUACAGCUUGAAGUGAACAAGUACCAAAAGUUGAAAACUACUGUCAUUUUUGUUCAGCAAAAAUGGAAAGCUAGGGUUUUAGCUAAAAGGGAAAAACUGCAAUACGAAAAACUAAAAUCAACUGUAAUAACUGUGCAAAACAUUUUUAGAGCGAAUCGCUUAUGUAAAAUUGAGAGACAAAAGUACCAAAUGAUAAAAUCAACUACAAUCUACAUCCAACGUUGGUACAGGUCUAUUAAAGCGAUGCGAAUUCACAGAGAACAAUUUUUAGAACUAAAACGAACAGUGAUUAUCGUUCAACAGCGUUAUAUUGCUUUAAAAUUAAUGAAAAAGGAAAAAGCAAAAUAUCAACAAAUAAAAAGUGCUUGCAUAACAAUACAACAACAAUAUAGAGCUCAGAAACUAAUGAAAACAGCUAGGAUUCAAUAUCUGCAAUUAAGAAAAGCUGCGAUUGUUUUACAACAAAGAUAUAGAGCCAAACAAUCAAUGCAAAAACAAGUACUCUAUUAUAAGGCUUUGCAAAAAUCUGUUCUAAUUGUUCAAGCACGUUACAGAGCUAAAUUAGACAUGCGAGCUGCCAGUCAACAGUUUGUUACUAUUAAACAAGCGACUGUAAAAAUCCAAGUGUGGUAUAGGUCAAUUCUGCACAUGCGCAGAUGUCGCGAACAUUAUAAAUCUCUCCAAAGAGCCUCUAACAUACUCAAACAACGGUACAAAGCUAUAAUACUCAUGAGAAAGGAAGUGUCGAGGUAUCAGGGUAUAAAAACGGCCACUUUGGUGAUUCAACAACGUUAUAGAGCUUUAAUAAAAAUGCGAACCUGCCAAGAUUAUUACGAAAGAUUAAAGUUAUCGACGAUAUUUAUACAAAGAAAGUAUAGAGCUAACAAAGCUGCAAACUCGCAAAGAAAAUAUUACUUACAGAUGAGAAACGCUGCUGUUACAUUACAAACGAGAUAUAGAGCCAAACGAGAGAUGGUUUCCUGUCGAACAUCUUUUAUAUCAAUUCGAAAUGCUGCGGUGGUAAUUCAAUCUCGUUAUAGAGCCAAUCAGUUAAUGAAAAAAACGAAACAGGAGUACCAACAGUUACUAAAAUAUACCAUAAUAAUACAGCGCAUGUAUAGAGCCAAACAGUUAAUGCUAAAAGAAAAAAAUAAUUACUUGAAACUAAGACAGUCAGUUGUUAAUGUUCAGUGUAGAUGGAGAGCAAAGAAGCUUGAAAAAGAACAAAAACAAGCUUAUGAUAGUUUAAGAAGAGCUGUGAUUCAUGUUCAACUAAAAUGGAGAGCAACUAAAUUAGCUCGAAAAGAAACAUACAUAUCGAUACUAAAAUACUACCAAGGAACGAGAAGAGUUAGAGCAAAUUUAGAAAUGGUAAAACAAAGAAAACAGUAUUUAAUCACGAGAAACUCGGUUAUUACAAUUCAACGAUGGUACAGACGUUGUGUACAAGCUAGGAACGAAAGGGUGACAUAUUUAGCAAAGAUAAAAGCAGCGAAGGAGAUACAGAGGUAUGCCAGAGGGUAUUUGGUUAGACGGAAGUAUGCAGAUUACUUUACUCCAGAAGCCAGGGAGCGCCGAAGAAUCGAAAAAGUUCAAAGCGAAGCAGCUGUAAAAAUACAGUCUUACUGGAGGGGCUACAAAACAAGAUCUACAGAAGAACCUGGCAUGUGUAAAAUACGAGAAAGAUUCAUGAAAGCCAAUGCCACUGCUAUGGUUGAGAAUACUCUACAGUUUCGAUGUAACGCAGCUUUGCAGACGAUUGCACUGGAAAAUUGUACAUUAUUCCAUAUCAACCACGCCCUUGAAGAUAUAGAUUAUGCUACCAGAAGAUGCAAGAAGAUCUGUGUUUCGUUAAGAAAACUCUUGCCUGACCAACUCUACCUAAUGCUAAGUUCCACAGCGAGGUCCUUGCCAGAAAUGAACGCCUGCAUUUACUCUGUCAACAUAUUAAUAACCUUCAAUAAACUGAAAGAGACUAAAGAAUGCAGCUUCGUUCCGAAUUAUAUAGAAAAACUAAUAACGCUGAUGACGACUUGGUGCGACAAAGAAUCUCAACUGUUCCCGGCACUAUGUACUCUCUUUUGGCUGUUUUCUCAUACUCCGCGAUGGAGGAGAUUCAUUUUAGAUUUGCCCAAUAUCAAACAGAAAUUAGAGAGGAUCAAAGGACUGGUGACAAGGAAAGCUAAUAUGGUGAAGAAGCAAGUAACCAAAGGAUCCACCGUGUUCGCUAGUUUUAAAACCUUACCCACACCGUCGUUGUUACCCGAUUGGGGAUUGGAGUAUAAGAAGAAUCCAUUCGCCUUUACUAAUUCCGUACACGGAUUAAAUUCGCUGAUGGCCAUUUUAUCGAUUUAA